UCGGCAUGUCUUCACUAUCUGUGUCACGUGACCGAGAGAACCACAAGGAAGUGUUUAGCGCAGGCUCUGUACUGUGUUGCCGUUGGGUCUGUGUCUAAACAAAAGACGCUAAAACAAGAAAAGGCAUAAGGAUUCAUAUUGAUAGACAGAGAAAUGGACCCAUCACUGGCCAUUUUUGCACUGGCACUGUCCUCGGCCACCCUCGCUUUGGACAAUGGUUUGAUGAGGACUCCUCCUAUGGGCUGGUUGGCUUGGGAGCGCUUUCGCUGUGACAUCGACUGCAAGCAUGACCCCACUAACUGUAUCAGUGAAUGGCUGUUCAGAGACAUGGCAGACAGACUGGCGGAGGAUGGGUGGAGGGAGCUGGGAUAUGUCUACAUAAACAUUGAUGACUGCUGGUCCUCCAAGCAACGUGACAAAGAUGGACGGCUACAGCCUGACCCAGACAGGUUUCCUAGUGGAAUCCCCAGUCUGGCACGUUACGUUCAUGACCGUGGUCUAAAGCUGGGUAUCUAUGGUGAUCUGGGCACGUACACCUGCGGUGGCUACCCAGGGACCACGCUGGACAAAGUCACCAUAGACGCUCAGACCUUCGCUGACUGGGGCGUUGACAUGCUGAAGCUGGACGGCUGUUACUCCAACGCCACGGUGCAGGAAGAGGGGUAUCCUCUGAUGUGGAAGGCUCUGAAUGCCACUGGACGUCCCAUUGCCUACUCCUGCAGUUGGCCAGCUUACGAGGGUGGACUCCCUCCCAAAGUGAACUACAAACAGUUGGGAGAGAUCUGUAACUUGUGGCGUAACUAUGACGAUAUUCAAGAUUCAUGGGAUAGUCUGCUCGGUAUUGUGGACUGGUUCUCAACCAAUCAGGAUGUGCUGCAGCCUGCUGCUGGCCCUGGGCAAUGGAAUGACCCGGACAUGUUGAUUAUUGGAAACUUUGGUCUCAGUCUGGACCAGUCACGUUCUCAGAUGGCUCUCUGGGCAAUCAUGGCAGCACCUCUUUUCAUGUCAAAUGAUCUUCGAACCCUGAAAAAUGACGCCCGGGCCAUUCUACAGAACGAAGUCCUCAUUGACAUCAACCAAGACCCCUUGGGUAUCCAAGGGAAAUGCCUGCUGAAGGAGAAAACUGGCAUUGAGGUGUUCUGGAGGCCUCUCUCUGACUCAGCCAGUGCGCUGGUGUUCUUCAGCCGUCGAACUGACAUGCCCUAUCCCUACCAGAAUGUUCUCAGCAAGCUGGGAUAUGAAGACGGCAACUAUAAGGUGUAUGACGUGUUCAGUGGGAAGACUAUGCCUGCACUGACCCAUGACACAUAUUUCACAGUCUCCAUCAACCCUUCCGGUGUGGUCAUGUGGUUGCUGUCUCCCAUAAGGCACCGGGGCCAGGCACAGGAAAGUGAGAAUCUGAGUUGGUUGGACAACCACAUUGAGUAGAGUGCCAGCCCUGUUCCGAUCAGUAUUUCAGGGCAAAGACCAAUCUUUGCCCCCUUCUGCCCUCGGGGACAUGUACAGCGAGUCUCUAGUUUUAAUCUCAAGAACCAUAUAUUUUACUGUGUUUUUACUGUGCUGAAACCUGCACUACGGCCAGUCAAUGAAAAUAAAAGAAUAUUUUUUACAAAUAUUUUCAGCAUGCAACAGGUUCUUGUCAUCCAAGAAACUUUAUGUCACAAAUGUAUAAAUACUUUUCAGCUAGGUCCCAGGAGGUUAUUUUUAGUGCACAUUGUAAAUAAAUGUGUGAAACUUUACCGCCCAGA